AUGACUUCGUGGGUUGGUUGGGCGUCGUCGGUCGGCUCGGGCUUAGCCAUCAUGACAUGUCUCUUCUAUUUGCCCUUCAUCAUGAAUCAAAUCGAGGAAAUCCGCUCGACGGUUUCCGUCCGAAUGGAUCAUUUCCGCAUUGGGGAGCAACAAGUCUGGGGAAGUCUCAAGGCUGCUCGUGUCGGCAUUGUUCGUCCUCGUAAAGCCCGUUCGUACAGCAAUCAGCAAUGCACUUGCGACUCGUACGACCGCUGCCCGGCUGGACCUGCCGGAGAGCCUGGAACCCCCGGAGAGAACGGAUAUCCAGGUUCACCUGGACCCCGCGGACAGCCAGGAGUCGAAGGAAUUACUCCCGCUGAACAUCAACACGAGGAGGGAUGCAAGAGAUGUCCCGGAGGUCCACAAGGAGAACCCGGACGCCCAGGACCCCCAGGACCACCUGGAGACAGUGGAGAGCCCGGACGAGAUGGAGAAAGAAGCUCAGGAGGACCACCUGGAGAAGACGGUCGACCUGGAUCAGACGGAGCCCCCGGACAACCAGGAGAGGACGGCAGACCUGGAGCCCCUGGAGAGAACGGAAGCCGAGGAGUGCCUGGACCCAACGGACCACCCGGAAAUGAUGGACGCCCAGGAAGCCGCGGUUAUCCAGGAGACAAUGGGGCAGCAGGAUCUCCCGGCCAACCCGGACAAAAUGGAGGACCCGGAAAGAAUGGAGGACCUGGAUCUCCCGGAGGCCGUGGACACGAUGGACAACCCGGUAGACCUGGAGAAACCGGACGGGAUGCCAACUACUGCCCUUGCCCAAGAAGAUUCGCUCAGAAAAAGCUC